AUGGAAUUGGAACCUAUACUUCAUCGAACAGUAACCGCCAAUGGCAUUAACAUACACAUAGCUGAAAAGGGUCAAGGUCCACUAAUCCUCUUCAUCCACGGCUUCCCCGACCUAUGGUAUUCAUGGCGCCACCAGAUCACUUUUCUAUCUUCCCAUGGCUACCGUUGUGUGGCCCUAGACCUCCGCGGAUACGGCGACACCGAUAUUCCUACCUCACCAACGUCCUACACUAGCCUCCAUGUCGUCGGGGACAUCAUCGGACUUCUUGACAACAUUAUUGCUGAUCAAGAGAAAGUGUUUGUUGUGGCUCAUGAUUGGGGUGCAGUUACGGCUUGGUAUCUUUCCCUUUAUCGCCCUGAUAGAAUCAAAGCUCUUGUUAACUUGAGUGUUGCUUUUACUCCAAGAAACCCCAAAAGAAAGCCUCUUGAUACCCUUAGAGCUGUCUAUGGUAAUGACUACUAUAUCAACAGAUUUCAGGAGCCUGGUGAUAUAGAACAAGAGUUUGCUGAGAUUGGCACUGAAAGAGUCUUGAAGGAAUUUUUCACCUACCGUAAUCCUGGUCCACUUUAUUUACCUAAGGGUAAAGGUUUUGGACAUCCAAAUGAUUCUCCUAUAGUGUUGCCUCCAUGGUUAUCGGAAGAAGAAUGUAAAUACUAUGCUUCCAAAUUUGACAAAACUGGCUUUACAGGAGCAUUGAAUUACUACAGAAAUAUAGAUCUAAACUGGGAGCUUACUGCUCCAUGGACUGGUGCUAAAGUCAAAGUCCCAGUUAAGUUUAUUGUGGGUGAUCUUGACCUGACCUAUAAUGCACCUGGCGCAAAAGAUUACAUUCACAAAGGUGGGUUGAAGAGAGAUGUGCCACUUCUUGAGGAUGUGGUUGUAAUUGAAGGGGCUGGGCACUUCAUCCAUCAAGAAAGGGCUGAUGAGACUAACAAACAUAUCUAUGACUUCUUCAAGAAAUUCUAA